GGAAAUGGGUAACCAAUAAUAGCUCCCCCAUUUUCUUUAGAUUUAAAUGAAUAUCCAUAGUUCUAUGAAUUGGAUCAAAGCUUCAAUUGAAUAGAUCCAGUUUAGACAAAAUAAUAAUUCUAACAAACAUAAUUUGUGUACAUACAGUGUAUCAAUAUGGAAAAGAUCAUGUAAAUUCUUUACUCAGAAAAAUACAUCCCACUUGGAAUGUUUUCAGUGCGAAAGUGCAAGGAUUAAUGGCUGCAAUCACGGAUCUCUUGUUAUUGUUUACAUUUUGAAACAGCCGAAGGCCUCUACUUUAUGGGGGUGUCAUUGACAGUGAACGAGAUGACAAAUUGAUCCGCUUUUGCUGGGCUAACCAAUGCGCAGCUAUAGCUCUCGAAGGGUUUCUGGAAACUUGGAUCUCGAGGAUGUUCAAAUGACUGCAGAAACAUAGCGCAUAGUUGCAAAGGUCAAGCCAAGAUCACCAGAGAAAAACACAGUGUACGGCUAGAUCAAAGUCAUGUUAUUGUUUUCCCCUUUACCCACAGAGAAAACCGAUAAGGGUGCACAAUGUUUAGUGCAACUCAGAGUUCCAAGUCUGAGUUCCUGGACAAAGCCAGGCAGGCACGUGAGGAGAGGAAGGGGUACAAAGAGAGGGAGAGAGCAGCCACUCUGAUUCAAGCGCUGGUCAGGAGAUUCCUCUGUCGCUGCAAACUCCAGAAGCAAAUAAGGAAAGAGGUUGAUGACUUCUUUCAAGAUGUCGGAACAACAAAAAGAAAUGCACUAUCAAUUUUUAAAAUUGCUCGGAAGUUGUUAUUUAUUUUUUGUCAAGAGGAUAAGCUGAGGUUUGAGAAGCUUUGUCGCUCCAUUCUUGGUAGCAUGGAGGUUGAAAAUGAGCCCAAAGUUUGGUAUGUGUCACUGGCCCUUUCCAAAGACCUCACCAUCCCAUGGAUAAAGCAGAUCAAAGAUGUUCUGUGGGUCUCCUGUAAUUUUCUGAAAAAAUUAAAGCCUGACAUCCUGCAGGACAAUAAGCUGGUGACUUUGUACCUUACCAUGCUGGUGACCUUCACAGACACAUCAACCUGGAAGAUAGUGAGAGGGAAAGGAGAGGCCCUCAGACCAGCAUUGACCCGGAUCUGUGAGAACAUCAUGGGGCAUCUCAAUCAAAAGGGAUUUUAUUCAAUACUGCAGAUUCUACUCACCAACGGAUUGGCGCGCUCCAGACCCUCUCUUACCAAGGGCACACUCACAGCAGUAUUCACGUUGGCAUUAAGACCUGUCAUUGCUGCUCACUUCUCUGACAACCUGCUGAGGUCUCUUCUCAUCCACAUCAUGUCUGUCCCAGCUGUCGUCUCCCACAUCAACACCAUCACCCCAGAGUGCAUGGCCACCAUACAGACCCACGACCUGCUGAGGAAGUUCACACUGUUCCUGAGCCGUGAGGAGCAGUGUGUCGACAUCUGUGUCUGCCUGGAGGGGAGCCACACACUGUGCUUGCUGGGUAACCUGAUUCACCUGGGCUACCUCAACGAGAAAGUCCUGGAGGAGGAGGCCAACCACUUUGUGAAAGACCUGACGGACAUGCUGUCCUACUGCCAGAGAUACGUGUCCCAGAAGAAAUCCAACCUCACUCACUGGCACCCGGUCUUAGGCUGGUUUUCCCAAACUGUAGACUACGGUCUGAAUGAGUCUAUGCCACUGGUCACCAAGCAGCUGCAGUACCUGUGGGGCAUGCCUGUGAUCCGGACUCUCUUCAGUGACGUGCUCAGCAAAAAGCUUGAGACCCAAGAGCCCACGCCUCCACCACAGCCUACCACGUCGCAGAACAACCUGCCAGUCAAGAGCCUCUUUAAGCGGGCGUUUCAGAAGUCUGCCUCGGUGCGCAACAUCUUGAAGCCGGUCGGCGGGAGACGAGUGGACUCCGCUGAGGUGCAGAAGGUGUGCAGUAUCUGUGUGCUGUACCAGACAGCCCUCACCACGCUCACUCAGAUACGACUGCAAAUCCUCACUGGCCUAACCUACCUGGAUGACCUUCUGCCUAAGCUGUGGGCCUUCAUCUGUGAGCUAGGCCCCCAGGGAGGCCUCAAGCUGUUCAUGGAGUGCCUGAACAACGACACAGAGGAGUCUAAGCAGCUGCUGGCCAUGCUCAUGCUGUUCUGUGACUGCUCCAGACACCUCAUCACGAUCCUGGAUGACAUCGAGGUUUACGAGGAGCAGAUCUCAUUUAAGACAGAAGAGCUUGUCACCAUCUCCUCGUUUCUCAACACAUUUGUGUACAAGAUGGUCUGGGACGGCAUUUUAGAGAAUGCCAAGGGGGAGAAGCUGGACCUGUUCCACAGUGUUCACGGCUGGCUGAUGGUGCUCUAUGAGCGGGACUGCAGGAGGAGGUUCUCCCCUGAUGAUAACUGGCUGCGCAAGGAUCUGAAGCCGAGCCUUUUGUUCCAAGAGCUGGAGAAGGGCAAGAGGAGAGCUCAGCUGUUACUGCAGUACAUACCACACGUCAUUCCCCACAAAAACAGGGUCCUGCUGUUCCGGAACAUUAUUACCAAGGAGAAGGAAACCUUGGGAUUGGUGGAAACAAGCUCCGCGUCUCCGCAUGUCACCCAUAUCACCAUUCGCCGCUCACGGAUGUUAGAGGAUGGUUAUGACCAACUCCGCCGGUUGCCUGUCAACUCCAUCAAAGGCGUGAUCCGUGUGAAGUUUGUCAACGACCUGGGUGUGGACGAGGCAGGAAUCGACCAGGACGGCGUCUUCAAGGAGUUCCUGGAAGAGAUCAUCAAGAAAGUCUUCAACCCAGCACUCAACCUCUUUAAGACCACCAGUGGCAAUGAGAGGUUGUACCCCUCCCCUACAUCCUACAUCCACGAGAACCACCUGCAGCUUUUUGAGUUUGUGGGGAAGAUGCUUGGCAAAGCAAUGUAUGAGGGCAUCGUGGUGGACGUACCCUUUGCCUCCUUCUUUCUCAGCCAGGUCAUGGGUCACCACCACAGCACCUUCUACAGCUCCAUCGACGAGCUUCCCUCCCUGGACUCUGAGUUCUACAAGAACCUCACCUCCAUCAAGCGCUAUGACGGGGAUGUUGGUGAUUUGGGUCUGACACUAUCGUAUGACGAGGACGUUAUGGGACAGCUGGUCUGUCACGAGCUGAUUCCUGGAGGAAAGACGAUGCAAGUCACCAACGAAAACAAGAUCAGCUACAUCCACCUGAUGGCGCACUUCCGCAUGCACACGCAGAUCAAGGAGCAGACGGCAGCUUUUAUCCGAGGAUACCGCAGCAUCAUCAACCCUGAGUGGCUGCACAUGUUCUCCACCCCAGAGGUCCAACGCCUCGUCUCCGGGGACAACGCCGAGAUUGACCUGGACGACCUCAAGAAACACACAGUUUACUAUGGAGGUUUCCACAGCAGCCAUCGGGUCAUCAUCUGGCUGUGGGACAUCCUGUCCAGUGACUUCUCCUCUGAGGAAAGAGCCAUGUUCCUCAAGUUUGUCACCAGUUGUUCAAGACCCCCCCUCCUAGGUUUUGCCUACCUCAAGCCCCCUUUCUCCAUCCGCUGUGUGGAGGUGUCUGACGAUCAGGACACUGGGGACACCCUAGGCAGCGUCCUCAGGGGUUUCUUCACCAUCCGGAAGAAGGAACCAGGCGGUCGCCUCCCCACCUCGUCCACCUGCUUCAACCUGCUCAAGCUGCCUAACUACAGCAAGAAGAGCAUCCUGCGUGACAAGCUCCGCUACGCCAUCAGUAUGAACACAGGUUUUGAGCUCUCAUAAAAUAAACUCCCCCCUGCUCGUGGCCUGCUGACAGCAAGACUAAUGGGAGAACGACUGAAGAGCGUCCUCCUUACCCAGGCUAGAGGCGGGAGUCCGUUAAGUCAGUGGAGCUUUACCAAAGUGGAAGGCAGAACACAUAAGAUCCCCCCCCCUUUACCUUUAUCGCAGCCUUGGAAACCAGAAGAGCUCCACCCUCUCUUAUCCCAAUCAGUCUGGAUUCUGGAAGAUACCCACCCCAAGGGCUCUCAAGCCCAUUUGCUGCCUGUGUAACCACGGUAACCUAUUUUCUGACCAGUUGUAGUCUUUGACUACGUUAGAUUUUUUUUCUUCAAAUAGACAAGUAGCUAAAGAAACAAGUGCUGUGGGAGCAACACAUUUGGAACAGUUACUUUCUGCUCUCUCAACUUUAACCCCAUGCUAAUAAUCGUAACAAGGAGAAGAAUGUGUUACCUAACACAUUGCCAAAAUAAAAUGGCUCCAUGUCUUACCAUUUCUUCUCAGGCUUAAUAGAACGAUACUUGGAUCUAGCACUCCCACGUCAAAUUAACUGGAAAGCAAUAUAGAUGCAAUGCAAGCCAUUAGACACGUAAUAGACUUCUCACUGGAGCAAAACCAUAGAACAAAGUUUCCUAUCUAUUGGAAUACAAUGUUAUCCAUGCAACUUUCAGCUGUCAUUCGAUGAGUCUUAAUAGCCUUGUUGAACAUGACGAAAGCACCUUUUUAUAAAGAGACGACAAAUCACCUCCUCAUGUUCAACAACAAGUUCUAACCACGGAGAGGUGGUCACCUGUUGACGCCUGUGUCAUAUUUAUAUUGGCUCUCAUGGAUUAAUUAAGGAAUUAAAUCCUGACGAUCUGUCUCUUUCUCUCCCCAUGUACACACACUACAGUCAGUCACCUGACAAAAGCAUUAGACCUUGUAUCUCUGUUCUCUAAUGUAUUGAAAUUAGAACUCAUGUUACACCGCAAUGCAUUUGUAACCCAAAGUGAUGCCUGUCUGUCAUGUCAAUACUUUCACUGAUCAUGCGGUUGUUUGAUACAGACAAAUGAUGUCCCAUUAUCUUAUGUCGUGGUUCUGGAGUCUUUUUUUGUUGUUGUUUGCUUUUGAUAAUUAAUUAGUGGCUCUUGAAUGUUUUUAUGAUUUGCUGUGAAAUAUCUGGGUCCUAUAACUACAGCAGACAACUGUUGUUUUUUCCGCAUUGCAUGUCGCUGAUUGUGACCUUCCCAAACAAAUUUGUUACAGUGAAGUCAAUCAUGAACGUUUCUCUAUUCACUAGGAUUUCACUGAAUAAUUCUCACUACAGCUCUGAAAAAUGCUGAGUGCCUCAUAUGUCCCCACCUCAUAUGUCUAAGUGUGGCGUUUGAUCGCGUUUGUGACUGACCAUGUCUCUUCGAAAUGGAAUCAAGCCAUAAACACACAGGACAAGGUAUUUAUAAGGACUUGAGCCUGCUUAGAGACAAUUCAAAUUCAACGCUCCUUCUACCGUGUCCGCCACUGAACGAACCAACCAACCAAACCAGGAAAGUUUGGUGUCAUUUGUCACUGGCUGUGCAUGCCAACCCUGUAAGGAUGCUCCCUUGUCUGAAGACCUUACAGCCACAUGGAAAGGGGUUACACAGGGAGCAAACCAUACUACAACAUGAUGUCAUGGGUUGGUUGAUCACCUGAAUCUGAAAGCAUUUCUUUUGUAUCCAUCUACCCUCCUUCAGACCCUCUCUUGCACAGAAAACCCUGCAAAAUACCAUGCAAAAUGUUGCAUUACCAGGGUCAAAUAGAAAUAGACUAUGUGGGGCAGUUGUUAGUAACUUGGUGGUGGGAGACAAGGCAGUUUAGGGUCUUAAAUGGAAAUGAAAGAUAAACCGGUUUAUAAAAAGCAAUAGCCUGUUUCUUGAUUCUGUAUUUUAUGCAGAACUUUUUCCUGAGGGGUGUACGUGUACACUGCGUGGUUGUUGUCAGCCAUAGAUGCGGCUCUGGUUGUGGUCAGCCAUAGAUGCGGCUCUGGUUGUGGUCAGCCAUAGAUGCGGCUCUGGUUGUGGUCAGCCAUAGAUGCGGCUCUGGUUGUGGUCAGCCAUAGAUGCGGCUCUGGUUGUGGUCAGCCAUAGAUGCGGCUCUGGUUGUGAUAAUUUCUAGUUGAAGGUGUAAUGCACCCCAACACCUCAUGGCAUUAAUCACUAGCUAACAGAAAACACCUUUCUGAUGAUGUUAUGGGGAUUAUAUGGGCCAUUAAACAAGGUUCUGUAUGGUUUUAUA